AUGGCUAUCCUCCCCUUGGAACCUCCAAAGCCGAAUAUCUCGUUUUUCACGUUUGGAGACUCAUAUACAACAACUUCCUUUGAUACAUCUGAUGUCCAGCCAUCUCCUAGCAACCCAAUGGGCAAUCCUCAACUUGGGCAAGGCACUGCAGCGGAUGGUAUCAAUUGGGUUGGCUACUUAACGACAAAAUAUAAUAAUACGCUAGUCCUGAAUUACAACUUCGCAGUUUACGGCGCAACAGUGAACAACACAAUCGUGGCCAACGUACCUGGGGAUAUGGUGUAUCAGGUUUCCCGCGAAUUUGCCCCCCACUGUGGCUGUGAGUCACUUGCAUCUGGCCAAGAAUGGACCUCAAAUACAUCCCUGUUUGCAAUCUGGAUAGGUAUUAAUGAUAUUCAAUUUAGUUACCUCGACAGUGACCCCUACGGGAAAACACCGAUUGUCCUGGAAAGCUAUUUUCGUCUCCUGCAUGAGAUGUACCGAUGCGGUGCCCGUAGGUUCCUGUUGCUCAAUGUGCCGCCUACGAGUAGAACUCCGCAGAUGCUGUCAGGAGAUCCCUGGCACAGAUAUGUUCAGCAGAAGGUUGUACACGAGUUUAACCGCCAGCUACAAGUUGCCGUCUUCAAAUGGUCGAGAGAAUAUCAUGAUACAUCCAUGGCACUCUAUGAUGCAUGGUCAUUCAUGACUGAUGUCCUAGACCACCCCAGAGAAUACGGAUUUGCGGAUAACAGAUGUAUCGGUGAGGGAUGCGUCUGGUGGGACGGAUACCACCCCCGAUCGGCGUUUCAUCAGCUUCUUGCCGCUGAUAUCCAGAGAAAUUUCAAACUGGAAAUUUGA